AUGACUAUUGACCAAAACAUCAAAAAGAAAGUAAAGAAAUUCUUAGAAAAAUAUGCCCAAGAACAUGGUCAACCUGACCCUAGUCAAAAGUAUGCUCGCAAAAUUGCAGUUGAGGUUAGAUCUAGUGGAGAAAUUAUUUUCUUGCCUACUGAAAUGAGUUAUAAAUCAGUCCAUCAUGAUUUUGUUAUAAGUGUAGGAGAAGAAAGUAAUUUAAAAUCUCUAAAGUAUGAAGCUUUUCGGAGACUAUGGCACGAACUAGCACCUAAUGUCAAAAUUAGAAAACCAAGAACUGACUUCGAAAUAUUUUUUGAUAAUCCUCGCAAAGCUGAACUAUUUGGUUUUCAGAAUAAAGCUACAGGAGUGCAACUUAACUACAUUUUGAACGAAGGUGAAACCAUUGGCAAAGGUUCUAAUGGAACUCUUAGCCUAGUUUUUGAUGGAAUUAAAAGAUUUAAUAAAGGGGAAAAAUACCUUAAACUUUCUUGUGAUAAUGCACCAGGGCAAAAUAAGAAUAAUGCUACGAUUAGAUUUCUUUUUUACUUAACAAUUUGUGGGUAUUAUGAAACUAUUGGAUUAGAUUUUAUGAUUGCAGGACAUACUAAGUCUAGAGUGGAUGGCAAUAUUGGAAUGGCUAAGAGAAGGUAUAAAAAGUCUACUAUUGAAGAAUUUAAACAACUUGUCGAAGUAGUAGAAAAAUCUAGUCCAACAGGUUUAAACAAGACUCAAUGUUAUGAAAAUGGAAAGGGAUUUCAAUAUUACAAAAUUAAAGAAACUUUGGGGAACUAUUUUAUAAAGUUAUCCAAUAUAGCCAAAUAUCAUCACUUCUUUUUUUCUAGUUUUAAUUUAGGAGUAGUAAAAGUUAAAGAAUCUGUGGAUAGUAAAUGGAAAGAAUUUGAUUUAUUAAAAACUGAGGGCAAAGAAAGAGAAAAAGUUAUUGAAAAAAUUAGAAAUUUGGUAUUUCAUAUUUCGGAACCUAAACCUUUGUCUCAAAAACGACUAACAGACUUUUAUAAAAUUCUUCCUUUGUUGCCUAAAGAAUAUUGA